AUGUGGUUCCAGACACUGUCGGCCCUGUGCCUGGCAGCGACCACCUGGGCCGCUAUCAGCACUGACGAUGAUGGUGUCAAGAGCAUUGGACUGAGGACGCACUCCCUCCAACAGCCCUAUCUGGACUCUGACAUGCAAAGCCGGUGGGUUCCCUUGACCGCGACGAACUGGGAAAUCGAGGUGGAGUUCAAGAUCCACGGCAAGAAUCAGCUGUACGGCGAUGGCUUUGCGAUGUGGCUCACCAAGCAGCGCGGACAAGCGGGCCCCGUCUUCGGUAGCAUCGACAAGUUCGAGGGCCUCGGCAUUUUCUUUGACACUUACAAGAACAACCGCCCCGGCGUUGUGUUCCCUUAUGUCAUGGCCAUGGUUGGCGAUGGCCACACUUCAUACGACAAGGACACGGACGGCAAGCCCAACGAGUUUGCUGGUUGCUCGGCUCGAGGCCUCCGCCAUGCCUCUGUUCCGACCAAAUUCCGCCUGACCUACUACGAGGACAAGUACCUCAAGCUGGACCUGCAGUACAAAUCCGAGGGCGAGUGGACCCUCUGCUUCGAGACCAACGAGCCGCCCAAGAUCCCGCAGGUAGCCUACCUGGGCUUCAGCGCCGAGACGGGCGAGCUUAGCGAUAACCACGAUAUCAUCUCUGUGCAGGCCAGGAACAUCUACUCGUCAUCCCCCUCCACCAAGUCUUCUCCCGGUAGCGGACGCAAGGGCGGCAAGUACACGAGCGACGAGAAGAAGGGAAGCUGGACCUGGUUCUUCAUGAAGAUCAUCCUCUUCUGCCUCGUUGUCGCUGGAGGAUAUGUCGGCUUCACUGCUUGGAGGACCAACCAGAAGCGAUCACACCGUUUCUAG